AUGGAGGAGUGGUGUAUCGGAGGUGACUUCAAUACAAUGUUGUAUAAGGAAAAGAGGUUAGUGAAAGGUAACAGUGGAACCAACAGGGACAUCAUAGAGUUUAUGCAUUUUGUGGAGGAUAUGAAGCUUAUUGAUCUCCCUUGUGUGAGAGGGAGAUUCACGUGGUUCAGCGGCAACAGAACUGUUAUGCACAAGCUUGAUAGAUUUCUCUUGUCUUAUAAAUUGGUGGAUGAUUGGAAGGUUUCAGUGCAAAGGGUGUGGAGAAGAGAAUUGGCAGAUCAUUGUCCAGUUUGGUUGGAGAUUGGUGGUAAAGAUUGGGGGCCAAAACCCUUCAGGUUCAACAAUUGUUGGCUUAGUCAUGGGGCUUUUGGCAUAUUCAUUGAAAGGGAAUGA